AACACACAUUUAAACUGCACACUAACGGAAAGGUCUCAUUUCCAUGGCGGCCGGGCAUUUUCUCAAACAGUUAACAUGCACACUUGGCGCCCAUUCCACGGCCAUAUCCUGCCCUAUAAUGCGCUCAUCACCUUCUUCUCUUUCAGUCUCAUCAUCACUUCCUUUUCUCUUCAAACACCACCACAAAGUUAGUUACUGUUGGCCUUCCCAUAACAUCCCAAUCAAAUUCAAAAUUCACACUGCAGCAGCAUCUUCCACCGCUCUACCACACAAGGUUUCAACACCAUAUAUUUCGGUUCUGAUUCAGUGUCCUAAAGAUAAUGCAGUAAUUACUUUGCUCUUUUCUUUCUUUCUUUCUUUCUUCCCUCUGAAAUUUUGGACUUUAUCUUUUCUUUGUGCUCACAAGGAUGUGCUUGGAGAAGCUCUUUUGUGCUUUGGUGCAAGUUCUGUUAGCAUGGAUCAUAAUGAUGUCUGUCAAACAAUAGAUGAGAUUUGCAUUACUUCUAUCUAUCCUGAAGGUGAGGAUAUAAAUUUAAAUAUUUCCCAUGCGUUUGAUUCUAUUGGUUUCAAGGAGAAACCAAGGUACAAAAUUAAAGCUAUCGAGGAGGAGGACUGGAUAAAGAGAUCCCAGGAAUCAUUUCUUCCAGUAGAAGUUACUAAAGGCUUGUGGGUGGUGCCCGAGUGGAGUACUCCGCCUGAUGCUCAAGCAACAAAUAUAAUUCUCAAUCCUGGACAUGCUUUUGGAACAGGAGAACAUGCCAGCACUAAACUUUGUCUAUCAUUUUUGCAUGGUUGUAUAACUGGAGGAGAAUACAUCUUAGACUAUGGAACAGGCUCUGGAAUUCUUGCGAUUGCAGCUCUUAAGUUUGGUGCUUCCUUAGCAGUUGGAGUUGAUAUAGAUGCAGAAGCAAUUGCAUCAGCAUAUCAAAAUGCUGCCCUAAACAACAUUGGACCAGACAGAAUACAACUGCAGCUAAUUGCUAGCGAAAAUACUUUAUCCUCCACAGGCGACGGGACAUCUGAAGUUGUAAAAGGAGAAAACACUAGUGAGAUACAAACUGUUACUGACAAGGAUAAGUAUGAUGUGGUCAUUGCAAAUAUACUCUUAAAUCCUCUAUUAGAUAAUGCUGAGAAAAUUAUCUCUUGUGCAAAGCUUGGAGCAAUUGUUGCUCUCUCUGGUAUAUUAUCUAAACAGGUUCAUCAAAUCAUAAAAAGAUAUUCCCCAUUCUUAGAAGGUAUAGAAGUUUGCAAAAUGGACGACUGGGCUUGCGUGAGCGGUAGAAAAAGUAGGAAUUUGGAUGCAUGCUGACUCAUGCCUAUAAGUGAUCAAUUUGGAUGUUUGGUGAUUCUUGGCCAACCUCUCAAUGAUGGCAUUCAUCAUAUUGUGUAUGUUGAGAGGUAGGGGUGUAUAAAUAACUUCUAUCUGUAUCAUCUAUUUAUAAUUUUGGAAGCGCCACUUUCUGCACUGUCA